AUGAAAAAUGCCUUGCAGGUAUUCUCAUUGGCGAUGGAUGGCACGACGGGGGCGAUUCAGGACAAUAUUCGACGUCAUUACAAAGCAAAUGCACAUUCAAUGAUGUACAAUAUGAAUCUUUUCUCGUCCAUUUAUCUUCUUUUCGGUCUGUUGACCACUGGUGAAUUAGCGGCGUUCAGUUAUUUCGUCAACGAUUAUCCAUCAGUCAUCACAAACCUUUUGGUGCUUGCAUUCACAAGUGCUUUCGGACAAUAUUUCAUCUUCAAGACAGUCACCGAAUUCGGACCGCUAACGUGUUCGAUUGUAACCACAACAAGAAAGUUGUUCACGAUGCUUGGCUCAGUUCUUCUGUUCGGAAAUGUUCUCUCACAACGCCAAAUUGUUGGUACAGUUAUUGUGUUCACUGGUUUGUUAUUGGACGCUAUCGAAAGCAAGAAGAAACAUCCACCUGUUAAGAGUAGUUAA